CGUCAGACCAGAGUGAUGGAGAUAUGGCCUCUGUCAUGGGAUUCUCUGGCUUUGGUAAGUGUUACUUCCAUUGGCCUUCAUAUCAACCUGAUAUCAACAACAUAGAUUCACCAUAAAUGUGUUUUAAUAGGUGAGUACAGCAUUUUCAUACAAGCCUUCCUCUCUUCACUCCAGGAAAGAAAGCCCGCACUUUUGACCUGGAUGCCAUCUUUGAGCAGACCCGAAGAACAGCAAUAGAGAGGAGUCAACAAGUAUUAGGUUAGUGACAAAUAGCUACGUGCCCUUUAACUCAGUCUUAGUGUGUAUGUGUUUUAAGUGUCUAACCUCAGCUGUGUCUCCUUCAGAGGAGAGGCAGAAAGAGGAAACUGGGGAGAGCUCCCAUACAGCCAAGGCAUCAAGCUCCAAACAGAGAGACCGAGCCCCCGCCCCUGCACCCAGGUAACACACACAAUCCCAUCCAUUCUAACUGACCAAUUACUUUCACAUGCUCCGAGUUAAAAUAACUGUGUGGGAGGGUAAUUCAAAAUAAUGCAUUGGAAUUUAGUGUUAUUAUUACAAGUAUGCGGGAUUGGCUAGAUUAUUGAAACCCAUGGGUCUCUAUUACAUACUACCCAACAGGAAGAAGGAGGAGAGCAGUAGUGGCAGCGGCAGCAGUGACUCAGAGUCAGACUCCGACUCAGAGCUCAUUGGACCCCCAGUGCCCAAACAGCUGACUGGUCAGGAGGAUGAUGAGGACUUAGUGGGGCCACCACUACCACCAGGGUAUAGAGGAAGCACAGCAGACGAUGAAGAUGAUGAUGAUGAGGAUAUGCAGGAUGAUGAAGAUGAUGUAAGUGUUUCCACUUAUGACACAAGGAAACAUUUUACAGUAGAUUUGCAUGAGGCUAAAAACAUCUGCUCCCAUACUGAUGCUAAACCUUUACAUAAGUACAUACAUUUCUGUCUGCAACAAUAAACAAUUUACAUAAGCAGGCAAAAUUUGUUCGUAAUGAUGAUCUUUAUACAUUUCAGUCUGCAACACUGAUAUUUCUUUACAGUCCUGAAGCCACAUAUUUAUUUACGUGGUGUGUUCUUACUAUGUUAUACCACUGGAGGCCAUCACAGUCUUAGCAUUUCCUGAGACUUGCUUUAUCAUUCCAUUUUACACAAUAAUGACUUGUGAGUCAACCCAGUGCAAUCUAGGUGUACUGCUUGGGAAAGCAAGAGUUGGCUUUCUCACACCACCUCCUGAUAAACCAUAAUAAAAAGCCAUCAUUUUAAAGUAUGUAGGCCACCGAAAUGGGCCGCACAAAGACAGAUGGUUUUCUCCUUAAAAAAGUGUUCUCUCUCAUCUCCCCCUCUCUCUCUCUCUGAGUAGUAAAUGUCUCUUCGCUGUGUGUAUGUUAUGGGUGAUAUAGGCCAGACACCCAGUGUUCUCAGGGCAGGUGUGAUUUGAGGCUGCCGUGGGACUAUGUGAUGGAUGGUGGCUUGUGACAGGUCAGCCUCUGGUAAUAACAUGGCCCUCUGGCCAAACGCAGCCCUCCCAUUGGGUGUAGGUGUAGCUAGUGGACCCUGCUGUAACCAGCCUGUAACAUAUCACACAGCCCAUUAAAGCUGAAAUAUUGUGUAUGACAGAGUGCCAGGCAGCCCACUCCACCUUCAACCACAACCACACAUGUAUGACAGGCAACUUCCUGUCCCUCUCACUCUCUCAGAAUCCAGUGAAGAAGAUUCCAGACACUCAUGAGAUUACUCUGCAGCAUGGCUCCAAAACAGUAAGUAUUUUCCAACUUUCCUCUCUAUAACCCCCAUCUAUAUUUAUUAACUGCGAUUUUAUAGAACCUUUCCAACAUGGAUUCCAAACUGCGCAUUGUUACUCACUGCACUCAUGAGCACGUUUAAAUAUAGCACCAAUUAAUUAGCAUAUUUCCCUCCUAGGACUCAUUAACACUAGAACUGCCUGGUACCCGCUAGAGAACAUUACCGGGCGUCUCCUUUAGCAUAUGCAUCAGAUGCAUAUCAACCUGCAAGGUGCAGCAAACAUGAGCACCAACACUUGAUAAAUAGUGCAUAAACUAUUACGGCGUAGAUCAGCUUUAAUAUUGCAAAUAGAUUGUGGCUUCCAUCAUUGUAAUUGUUUGCAUCAUUUCCAAUCCCCCAUAUAUAUACACUGCUCAAAAAAAUAAAGGGAACACUAAAAUAACACAUCCUAGAUCUGAAUGAAUGAAAUAAUCUUAUUAAAUACUUUUUUCUUUACAUAGUUGAAUGUGCUGACAACAAAAUCACACAAAAAUGAUCAAUGGAAAUCAAAUGUAUCAACCCAUGGAGGUCUGGAUUUGGAGUCACCCUCAAAAUUAAAGUGGAAAACCACACUACAGGCUGAUCCAACUUUGAUGUAAUGUCCUUAAAACAAGUCAAAAUGAGGCUCAGUAGUGUGUGUGGCCUCCACGUGCCUGUAUGACCUCCCUACAACGCCUGGGCAUGCUCCUGAUGAGGUGGCGGAUGGUCUCCUGAGGGAUCUCCUCCCAGACCUGGACUAAAGCAUCCGCCAACUCCUGGACAGUCUGUGGUGCAACGUGGCGUUGGUGGAUGGAGCGAGACAUGAUGUCCCAGAUGUGCUCAAUUGGAUUCAGGUCUGGGGAACGGGUGGGCCAGUCCAUAGCAUCAAUGCCUUCCUCUUGCAGGAAUUGCUGACACACUCCAGCCACAUGAGGUCUAGCAUUGUCUUGCAUUAGGAGGAACCCAGGGCCAACCGCACCAGCAUAUGGUCUCACAAGGUGUCUGAGGAUCUCAUCUCGGUACCUAAUGGCAGUCAGGCUACCUCUGGCGAGCACAUGGAGGGCUGUGCGGCCCCCCAAAGAAAUGCCACCCCACACCAUGACUGACCCACCGCCAAACCGGUCAUGCUGGAGGAUGUUGCAGGCAGCAGAACGUUCUCCAUGGUAUCUCCAGACUCUGUCACGUCUGUCACAUGUGCUCAGUGUGAACCUGCUUUCAUCUGUGAAGAACACAGGGCGCCAGUGGCGAAUUUGCCAAUCUUGGUGUUCUCUGGCAAAUGCCAAACGUCCUACACGGUGUUGGGCUGUAAGCACAACCCCCACCUGUGGACGACUGGCCCUCAUACCACCCUCAUGGAGUCUGUUUCUGACCGUUUGAGCAGACACAUGCACAUUUGUGGCCUGCUGGAGGUCAUUUUGCAGGGCUCUGGCAGUGCUCCUCCUGCUCCUCCUUGCACAAAGGCGGAGGUAGCAGUCCUGCUGCUGGGUUGUUGCCCUCCUACGGCCUCCUCCACGUCUCCUGAUGUACUGGCCUGUCUCCUGGUAGCGCCUCCAUGCUCUGGACACUACGCUGACAGACACAGCAAACCUUCUUGCCACAGCUCGCAUUGAUGUGCCAUCCUGGAUGAGCUGCACUACCUGAGCCACUUGUGUGGGUUGUAGACUCCGUCUCAUGCUACCACUAGAGUGAAAGCACCGCCAGCAUUCAAAAGUGACCAAAACAUCAGCCAGGAAGCAUAGGAACUGAGAAGUGGUCUGUGGUCACCACCUGCAAAACCAGUCCUUUAUUGGGGGUGUCUUGCUAAUUGCCUAUAAUUUCCACCUGUUGUCUAUUCCAUUUGCACAACAGCAUGUGAAAUGUAUUGUCAAUCAGUGUUGCUUCCUAAGUGGACAGUUUGAUUUCACAGAAGUGUGAUUGACUUGGAGUUACAUUGUGUUGUUUAAGUGUUCCCUUUAUUUUUUUGAGCAGUGUAUAUUUUAUAUAUAUACUAUUAUAACAUUAACAACUAUUAUAAAUGAUUAAUUUCAUGAAGAAAUAUUUGUGGAAAUAUAGCAAUAAAAAAAUAAAAAACACACAAUAGUCAUUUGUUUAGAGUCAAGGAUAUGUUUUGUAUAAUUCUACAAUGUCCUAGAAAAAACAUAGGCCUAUAGCCUUAUUUUGUGUCCCUUCCAAUAAAAACAUUACAGUAUAAUCCAUUUGAUCAACUUUAUUUGUAGAUUUGAUUAGUAAUAGAGUAAUUAAUAAAGUCCAGUCACAGCUUCUUUUGACGAAGUAGAAACGAAAAAUAUAAUUUAACCAGCCGGGUGCACAGGUGAAAUUAUUUGCUGUAUUCCUAAACAAAAGCACAAGUGCAUGAACAAUUGUAAAGGAUCAGUUGCAUAAAUACAUGUAAUCCUGUCUAUAGGCUAAGUCUUAUUAUGUGUGAAAUUAGUUUAGGUGAAGUUUAGGUGUAGUUUCGAUGGGCCGGCUGUGCAGGCUGACUAGCAUCGUUCGAUUGUGUCCCAUGUGCACUAAGCUGGCUGGUAAGGAGGUGUGCUGUUAGCUUAGCAGCAACUAGGUGUUAGUUAAGUGUGUAUUUUUUCCCUGGCAGGUGAAGUAACCUCUGUUUGCUCCCUCCCUCCUCAGGUGUCGGCCUUGGCAUUGGACCCCUCUGGAGCCCGUCUGGUCACCGGGGGAUACGACUUUGACGUGCGCUUCUGGGACUUUGCUGGGAUGGAUGCAGCUCUGAAUUCCUUCAGAACAAUACAGCCCUGCGAAUGGUGUGUCCACCACCUAGACUAGAACGUACACAUGCCUAUCAAACAGGGUGCAUUGGGUGUGUAACCCAUUAGGGCGUUCACCCACGCAGCCAUCGCCAUCAAUAAACAAGGAAUAUUGGCCAAAUUAGCCAUUUUUACAUGUCCUAAAAAACUGCCUAUGAUAAAAACAAUAUUCCUUGUUUUCGAUGUGUAGCAUAUGCAAAACUUUAGCCUGUUUUAUUGGUUUUUACUUUCCUAAAACAAUAGUUGUCCACAUCACGGUUCAGCUGCCGGAGAUUUGAGCGAUAAAUGCAUCAGGGCAUUGCAUGCAUAUGCCUAUAGGCUUAGGUGUCCACUGUAUGAUAUUAAUAUAAAGAGAAUAUACAGUACCAGUCAAAAGUUUGGACACACCUACUCAUUCAAGGGUUUUUCUUUAUUUUUACUAUUUUCUACAUUGUAGAAUUAUAGUGAAGACAUCAAAACUAUGAAAUAACGCAUAUGGAAUCAUGUAGUAACCAAAAAAGUAUUAAACAAAUCAAAAUAUAUUUGAGAUUCUUCAAAUAGCCACCCUUUGCCUUGAUGACAGCUUUGCACACUCUUGGCAUUCUCUCAACCAGCUUCACCUGGAAUGCUUCUCCAACAGUCUUGAAGGAGAUCCCACAUAUGCUGAGCACUUGUUGGCUGCUUUUCCUUCACUCUUCUGUCCGACUCAUUCCAAACCAUCCCACUUGGGUUGAGGUCGGGGGAUUGUGGAGGCCAGGUCAUCUGAUGCAGCACUCCAUCACUCUCUAUCUUGGUAAAAUAGCCCUUACACAGCCUGGAGGUGUGUUGGAUCAUUGUCCUUGCCAGAUAGGCUACUGCAUCUGCUAUACAGAUAUAGGUGUACAAAAGGAUAUAUAUAUAAUAUUUAUUUUACAACAGGCCUACUUAUAACCUAUCUUAAACUAAAUAUUGGGCACACAAUUAUAAAGACAGAUCAAACUUAAUUUAGCCAACCAAAAUGUCUCAACAGAAUGAAACAAAACACAUUUAGCAUAUUUAAGGAGCUGGUUUAGAUUAAUAAAUAGGCCUACAAUAAUAACAAUGAUACACAAUAAUAAUGAUAAUAUUGAUUAUAAAUAUGAAAUAAGAAAUAAGUAAAUUGCUUCCUACCUGAAUAGCGAGUUGCACAGUAGCCUGCAUAUGGCCGCGCCAACAUUCUUCUCAUCUUUGUCCACUACAAUAUUAAAAUGUAUGCCCUUGUAGGCUUUUCACUAUGGGGGUGGAAUUCCGACCCGAGUUAAGCGCACGUAAAUGGAACGUAAUUCCCUUUCUAUGCACUUUUCUCUGUGUAUUCUGACCUGGAACUUAAGCAUAAGAAGAGCAUGUUAUUCACCAGCUAUUCGUUUGGGGUGGAGAUCGAAUAAAUGAAGGUGUGGUGGAGGUGUGUCUACAGAUACACCAUAUUCUGACCUUGACUUAAUUCCACCACCUUUACACGCGAGGAAACCAUUAAUAAAGUCUAGUGAACCUACCGGUUCCAAGUGGAAAAAACAUUUUUUGAAGAUAGAAAAAACACCAUUCUCCAUGCACUUUCAUUUACACUGAGUAAAAUACCCCUUUUUCCCUCAGAACAGCCUCAAUUCGUCGGGGCAUGGACUCUACAAGGUGUCAAGCAUUCCAUAGGGACCGUCAAUAGGCCUAAUACCCACACAUAUUCAACUGCCAAUUUACUGUUAGUUCCCUUCAGUUGGUAUAGCCUACAUUAUCAUUCCAUUUAAUUACAUGUUGUUUCGUUUACUUUCAUUUACUUCCUCAGUAAACGCCGUCACGGCCGUGUGAUUGUUGAUGAGGAUCAUUAGUUUAAAAACAUUGAGGGUGAUUAAAUCGUUAUGUAGCGGAGCGCAGACCAAGCCGUAACAGUUUGAACCCGACGCAUGGCGCAAUAAUUAAUUGGCCGUGUCAUCAAACCGUUCCAUGGUUAGUGCAGGAAAUAGACGAGGAUGUUGCCUACUAUUGUAUGCUAUUCUCCCUAUUAUAAAUCUAUGUACACUAAUCUUCCAACAUUACCAUGAGUUCAAGAACUGAAUGUGGCAAUUUUCCAUAUUAUGGUCCAUAUUAUCAGUUAUGCUAUUAGCAAUGAGCAUUAUCACCUGUAGCCCAACUGAUGCACCAUAGGCAACCCCAUGAUUCAGCCUAUCUGCAUUUACCUUAUUGGGCUAAUCAUUAGUUAGAUCCCAAAUGUAAUCUUUUAACUAGUUAGCAUCCUAAUGAUGAAUUUUAUGUCCCAAAAAACGUGCAUUAACACAGUGAAUAUAAUGUAGGCCUACUUGUUUAGGUAACUUGGGGUAACCUGCCACCCGUGGUAACACGCCCCCUGCCUGUACUUAUCAAAGAAACCACUUCAUGUCACCAAUUUCCCCCCCAACACUUUCCCUGGUUGCCACUACAUUUGUUCAACUAAAAAUGUAAUCUGUCUCAUCACAAUUUUUUAAGUCACUCCAACCCCCAACUUACCCUACAAUUGACCCGUAUUACAUAUAGCCCCACUCUCCCCUAUGCAGAGCUGUUUGGUGCUUAACCAUGACAAUGCUAAAAACUCUGAGUUUAAAAUGGUGCAGUUCGCACAUAUUUAGGAGUUGAUAAAUAAAUAAAGUAGGAAUGGAAAGCUGGGAUCACCCUCUUUUUAACAAAGGCCAUUAAAACUGCUGUUUUCCCAGUGAUUGCAGGAAUUGUUGUGCAUUGACCGCAUGUCAGAAUGCACGUUUCUCUCCCUAUGGCACUCGUAACUUAAAUGCGCCUCGAGAAGGAAUAUUUAUCUUGCAUAGAACACACAACAACAAAUUACUAAGUAAAUAGGUUAGCUAUUCUACUAUGGGGUUGUCAGAUUUUUCUAUUCAUUACUCGUUUUGUUUACAGAGGUAAAGUAAAUGUGGGCUGUUCUAGCAUCUUCAAAGUGCGCCUCUACAGAUAUUUUUUCAUGUUCCAUAUUUUUGGGCCAUGGCGGCAAUGAUUGUGCCGUGGCACAGCGGCACAGUUAAAUGACUGCAGCAGAAACACUGUUCCAAUAUUUCAUCGAUUGAACUUGACAUAUGGCAGCUUUCAGGAUCAAUCAAAGCACUGUAUUUUUUAUUCAGCAAUAUAUUUAGUGCGUAAAGGCUCUCUAAACCUGUUUUUUAUAAUUCAUAAAUACUUUCCUAACCCUAAAUAAUCUACAAGGUCAGAGUAUUUUUAAAUCUACCAAUUGGUGCUGAAACGGAGACAGAAAUGCAUAUAUUUUGAUGUCUUUCAUUGAUACCUAAUAUUCUAAACCCGUUCUUUCGAUAUAUUCUAGAGAGUCUGUAGACAGAAUUCGAAACUAAAAGUUACACCGUAUUUAAAGGGAUGGCUUAAGAUGAGAGCACGCAAGGUAGCCACACCUGUAUUACACGACUGAAUACCAAAUACUGAGAAGUGUGUAGGAAAGGCUUACAUUUCCUAAGUCUGAAUUGGCCCCUAUAGGCGUACUCUGACUCUAACUUUCGUUUUUAUUGGGGUCCGAUACGUCACGAAAAAUACAUUACAGACAAAAGACUUAACAAGUAGUGUAUGUGUGCAUCUAUCAGUAGCACAUACAUGUCAGUACAUACACACAACAAGUAGGUCACGAGUAGGUCGCAAUCAACAGUAGCCCAAGGCUCCUCUCUCUCUCUCUCUCUCUCCACCGCAGCAGGCACAUGCACGUAAGGCAGCGAGCAAGGAGUGAGAGAAUGGUGCUGUAGAGCGAAAUCGGGAUGUAUGAUAUGCACCCACGGACAAUUUGUCUGGCAACAAUUGUAUUUAUCGGCUUUUAAUUUAAUUUAUUGGCCAAAAACCGGCAAUUGCCGGCUAAGGAAACCUUGCUAUCAAAAUGCUCCUACACAUGCACAAACAUGUUGUUGUAUUGCUUCAGCGAACUUCAUGUUAACUGUAGUACCUCAUGUCAGAGGAAUGGAUCUUCUCUCUUUAUUUAAAUGGACUAACCUAAAUACUGUAUACUCGGAUGCAGAUGAGAGAAGAGCUUUUGUAUGUGUUUGUGUACAUGUGUAUAACUGUGUGUAUUUAAUGGUCAUUUCGUGGAACCCAUCAAUGAAUACAUUCUCUCAGGGGUUUUGAGAACCAAUGGGCUGAGCUGGAGCGGGCUUUCCCUGAAUCUUAUUAGCAGAACUCUAUGGCACAUUUAGCCUGAUUACAGAGCCAUCCAAUAGUCUCUGCGGUCACUGACACACUAGGCCAUAUUUGGAGAGCCGUGUGAAGCCCAAUGUUCCUCCAUCGACCUGCAGGGCACACUAGUGUUAAAAACUAGGGGUUAUUUCUCCUUAAUGAGGAACCUUGAUUGGUUCAGUGUUAUUGACUCUUCCUUUAAAGGACAUCUAGUGAUGGCUAUCUGUGCUCCAGCCCCUGGAGAUAGGAACAGAAAUAACCCAAUUUUAUUUCACAAUGGUCCCCACUCCCCGCACGAACCCUGGCUGGCCCCUCUACCCCCUGCGGUGUUAAUGCAGUUUGAUAUUGACCUGAAUUGCUAUCUGCACUUUGGGAGAGUGGUAAUGUGUGUGUGUUUGACACGUAUGGUGUGUGUGUGUGCAUGGGGGUAGGAGGUAACAGUAGGGGGUAAGUAACAGUUCAGAGCAUAGAUUGGUAUUGUGAAUGGGUUGCUGGUGUAGCAAAUCCCAAUCUUUGGGCUCAUAUUUGAACCUCUCCACUCUCCUUUUCUUGCUGGAAAGAAGAAACCCAACGAUGUGUAGUGCAGCCAAGGCUAGGCUCAGUGUGUUCUAUUCUUCUGUCCCAGUCUAAUGGACUUUUCAUUGUGUUGAGUCUGAGGAACAAGACAGAGAGAGGCCCAGACCUAGACAUAUCCACUGUCUGUCUGUCUGGUCCAAGUCAAAUGGACCAAUCAUCUGACUGUUUCCGCUAACUCUCUGUGAUGUGUGUUGUCACGGUCCCUAUGGUAACAGGAGCCUAGUGGUUAGUUUUGUUUAAAACUUCUUCAGGAUUAAAAGCUGUUAUAUAACAACGCUGCAGCUCUGAUGUUGUACACAUUCAGACCUAGCAGAUGUCUCUCACCAAUUCAACAGAAACACCUACAAAGACAUUUACUGCACGUAUUUCAUGAAUGACCAAUGGUAGCCACAGGAAUGAUAAGUAAAAAAGCUUUGCCUUUCUCAUCCUCUCCCUUUGUGUUCCUUCUCAGCCACCAGAUCAGGUCCCUGCAAUACAGCAUCACUGGUGAUGUCAUCCUGGUGGUCUCUGGGAAUGCCCAGGCCAAGGUGUUGGACCGAGACGGGUUCCCGGUCAUGGAGUGUCCCAAGGGAGACCAGUACAUUGUGGACAUGGCUAACACC